UUGCUGCAAAGUGCCCCCCUACAUACUCUUCAUACUUCAGUGAUGCAAUCUAUGUCUGAUGAACACCAGUAAUUUUACAGCCUGUAACUCUAUGUGGCGGAGUCUUGGGCGCAUGUACCGCGGCAUUCGUGCUGACUGCCGCAACAUCGCAUAUGAAAAAAACAAUGCAACCCCCCCUUUCCCACCCCCACCAGGUUUUGGGACGCACUCAAACAUGUUACAUGAAAAAUCCUGGCCUUGCCUCCCUGUUCACGGACUGGUGAAAAAACUGUACAAGUUGCUAACAAAUUCCAAGCUGUGAGAAACUGAUGCUGCUAUAUAGAAGGGGAAUUUCUGUCUCUCAGCCCUGCCACCAAACGACGUUACAUGUAACACGAGACAAGGUAUCCAGCCAGUACUUCAAGAUGGAACCAGUUUCCUUAAGCCGCCACUACAACUAAGCAGGAUCAGGCUGCCACCAUCCGCUUGUUCCGGCAAGAAAGGUGCCGAAAUGAUGAUACAGUACGCCAUGCAGCAAUCAUCGAGACAGGAUUUGGGACGCAUGACUCCCUCAGGUGGUUAGCGGAGAAACCUCAGAUCCCUCGGCGCGCGACGCGUGCCAGAGCGCGGGACGGGGUGGCAACGAGACACGUUUGGAUAAAGGUCCUGCCAGGUUGUGGAAUCAGACGUGUGGGCUGUUCCGUGUCGGUUUGGUUUGUGCAGAGACGCACUGACGGUUGACGUCGAUCGGCACUCGAUCCUACCGUCAGUCAAUUUUAUUUUGGUUUUUGCAGAUAUCAUCGCGCGUGUGUUCACUCUAACUGUGUGUAUGGUUCACUGUUUUUUAUUGCGAUUUUCGUGAAGUAACAAAAUGGCGUCUGUAAAACGCGUCGUUGUGGCGGUAAUGAUCGUGAACGUGCUGGCUUUAAUUUUUGUGGGCGUUGCCGGUUCAACGCGUGACACAGGGUCAGGCGGGGAUGACUCCGAAGGUGCUUGGGGGGGUGAACAACAACAGGUACAACAACACGGACAAAGUGAAGACCGAUCGUUAUUCGAAAGGGGAAGAGCAGCGGUGACUGGACAUCCAGUGAGGACUGCAGUGGGACUUGCUGCAGCUGUGGUGGCCGUUGUGUCACUACUGCGAUUGUUGAGAAGGAGGAGGAGACGCGCGAUUCAAGAAGAGAGCAAGGAGUCUGCAACCGCGGAAGAGGAAGAAGUUGCCGAGGAAGAGUAAGGGGCACUGUGUUGCUCGGCUCUUUGUUGUCUCAGCGUGAGGAUUUAGUGCGUGUAGCGGAGCAUGUAUCGAUCGAUACAGGCACGGUUGGACGUGUCGUCUGUAUCCCUUGUGGCAGACGGCAGACGUCAUUGUCAGAGCGUGUUGCACGUUGGAAGAAAAUGUGUUGGUGUAAUCGCUCGUCGGACAGAUACCGAGGGAGGUUGCGUGAUGAUCGUUGUGGUGCGUAGAGGUGUGCCUCGUGAUAACAUGAAGGGCAAGGACCUUUUUUGUCGAGCACAUACUCAAACCAGUGAUUGUGCGAGGCGGGUUGCACGCGACUUUGAUCCAUUACAGUUAAAUAUGCCGAAGGCCGUGGCCUGAUUCGCACACAAGGCGCACAGACGUACCGUUGAUGAGAGGAAACCGGCCACGUCGGCCCACCCAUAUCAUAUGCAGGAGACCAAUCGAAAUAAGUUUCUACGAGCAGAUUCAAAGAGCAGAAACUUAUAAUACCGGAAUAGUGAUGUGUUUUUGUACGACGGUUUCAACAAACACGCUGAAGAUGCUCCGUAGUCGCGGAGUCACCGGAUCGUGGUGUACGCAGUGCAUUAGUUGUCACUUGUUCAGGGUGAUGUAUGAGUUUAGGCUUUUUUAUGCUGCCUGUGGGUUGCCCACGUUUAGUAAUUUACCGCAAUCUGUCUUGCACCAGUAAGAUGCUCAGAAGUGAACGCCACUACCUACGCUUAAGAGACGUCACGAGCGUCUUGCGCAGAAGACGGUAAUGCUUUUCUCCUGCAGGUCUAUGUACGCGUAACUC